GCUAAAGGUACUGUAUUUGCGGCUGCUUCCUACCUGGGGUUCCGCUCACAGGAGACGCCAGAAUGAUCCUGCCCCAUGACCUGCAGACCCUAAGAUAAAGAAAGCUCCUGCCUAGAGUGGGCCAGAACCAUUGAUGAUUACUUGAAAGUGCUGCUAAGUUGAGGUGACCAUGGUGUCGACAGUGCAGGUGGCAGUGCUAGGGGCGCCAGGAGUUGGAAAGACCUCCAUUGUUCGGCGUUUUGUGGCCCAGGAAUUCCCGGAGGAAUAUAUCCCAACAGAACACAGGGAACUGCAUCGAGCCUCUGCUGUCCUGAGUGGAAGACUGUAUGAACUGCAUAUUCUGGAUGUGCCCAACAUGCAGAGAUACCCAGGAACCGCAGGGCAGGAGUGGAUGGAUCCGCGAUUCCGUGGCCUGAGGAACAGCAGAGCCUUCAUCUUGGUUUUUGACAUCUGCAGUCCUGAGAGUUUCCACCAUGUGAAGCUACUGAGGCAACAAAUCCUGGACAGCACAAACAAAAGCCCCUUAAUAGUAGUAGUUGGCAAUAAAAGAGAUCAGCAGAAGCAUCGCUUUGCCCCACGCCAUGUACUGUCUGUGCUGGUGAAGAAGAGCUGGAAGUGUGGAUACCUGGAGUGCUCUGCCCGAAGCAACUGGCACAUUCUUCUUCUAUUCAAGGAGCUUCUCAUCAGUGCAACAACCAGGGGCAGAAGCACCAGCCCCAGCAUCUGCCUCCAAGGGGCACUUCACCGGGAGCGGUGCAGCAUCAUGUGAGCAGGCCAAGCACUAUUAUCCAAGAAACAUUGUACAAUCAUGCUCACACUGAAGGGCUCUCUCAUAAUUGUGUCAGUGUCAUGAACAUAGACACAGUUAUACAGCAUCAGGACUCACUCUCGAGUCUGUCACUGUCUCAAUUGCUGCAUCCGCCCAUUCAUAAUUCUCCAUUUUUUCUUAAUGUCACCAAACAUACAUAUAAGAUGGCCAAAGCAUCCAUUUGGCUUCUCCAUGUACUUCCAGGAACAGAACACACAACAGCAAUGUCAUUUCCAAGGUAGUUUAUUCAGCAGCAAGAGACCACACAUCUUCUAGACAUUGACAAGUAGACAUUCAUUGUCACUCCCCAUAUAUAAGCAGAUAUUUGUCUCUGUAUUGUACAUACACAUCUGUGCAUCUGACAUUAGCAGACUCCAGCAGCUGCACAGGCUUACAAGGGAAUAUACAGAGCUCUCUGCCUCCCCAAAUACCCUUCUAUUGAGAAAGGAUACAAAUCAUUUAGAGGUGCACUUACAAUCUACAGUUGUGUUCUUUUUUUCAUUAUUUCUACCUAUGAGAAUAUGAUUUUGGUGAGUGUUUUUUUCGUUGAAGUUUACUUGUGAUUUACUCAGGCAUUUGGUGUUCUUGACAUUUACAAAAAUAGCUGAGGGGAGAAUAGAAGCUUAGCAAGUAUUAUAGAAAGGCACUCAAUGUAACACCCUCUUUAAUGUAUUUGUUUAGAAUUCCAAGAAAAUACUGCACAUCUGUAAGAGAAUAUACCGACGGGGGGGGGGGGGUUGCAGUGGCAUUGUGAAACUAAUAUAGAGAAAGGAAAGAAAGAAGUAAAAGAACAACAUUAAUACUGUUUCUUAAAUACUGUAUGCCCCAAAUUCCCAAAUCCUGCUUGUCAUCAAAAUGACUUGUCAUCCAUUAAGUCAACAUACAAUAAAUUAUUAUCAUUUAUCACUA